UAUAAAAACAGAAAAUAUUUGGAAUAUCCUUUCUCACUCACCUGAUACCGAAAUUCUAAAAGUAAAUCACUUUCUCCGACAUAAUCUCCGAUGGUGGAUUUCGCUGCCGAUCAACUCGCCAACCUCGACAUGUCUGAGCUUGAUUGCCCUAAUCUCCUGAAAAACCUCGAAAUUCUCUCUCCUGAUCAUGUCGAAUUGGCGAAGAUAUUGAUUCAGAAUGGACAGAGUCAUCUGUUUAAUGAUUGGCCUGAAUCCGGUGUUGAUGACGAUGAGAAACGAGCAUUCUUUGAUCAGGUUGCCCGCCUUAAUGCCUGCUAUUUUGGUGGUUUGGAGCAAUACAUAAAAAAUGCUAGAGAACUUCUGGCAGAUUCAAAGGCUGGAAAGAAUCCGUUUGACGGCUUUACACCUUCAGUUCCAACAGGUGAAAAUCUUACUUUUGGUGAUGAGAACUUCAUCAAUUAUGAAGAGGCUGGCGUCAAGGAAGCAAAAAACGCUGCAUUUGUUCUUGUUGCUGGGGGGCUUGGAGAACGUCUUGGGUACAAUGGAAUCAAGGUUGCUCUUCCUUCUGAAACCUCCACCGGAACAUGCUUCUUACAGCUGUACAUAGAGUAUAUUCUUGCUCUUCAAGAAGCUAGUGGCAAACUGGCUGAAGGUGAAACGCAAAAGGAGAUACCUCUUGCUAUUAUGACUUCUGAUGACACUCAUGCACGAACUUUGGCACUGUUGGAGUCAAAUGCUUAUUUCGGAAUGAAGCCAACGCAAGUCACACUUCUCAAGCAGGAAAAAGUUGCUUGCUUAGCUGAUAAUGAUGCCAGACUUGCUGUGGACCCACAAAAUAAGUACAGAAUUCAGACAAAGCCUCAUGGCCAUGGUGAUGUGCAUUCACUUUUGUUUUCCAGUGGUCUUCUAAACAAAUGGCGUGAUGCUGGUGUAAAAUGGGUUCUGUUCUUCCAAGACACAAAUGGGCUUCUCUUCAAGGCAAUUCCAGCAUCAUUGGGAGUCAGUGCCACCAAACAGUACCAGGUUAAUUCUCUUGCAGUUCCUCGAAAAGCAAAAGAAGCUAUUGGAGGCAUUGCUAAGCUUACACAUGCUGAUGGGAGGACAAUGGUAAUCAACGUCGAGUACAAUCAACUUGACCCUCUACUUCGAGCAACGAUCAAUCCUGAAGGGGAUGUCAACUGUGAGACUGGAUUCUCACCUUUCCCUGGAAAUAUUAAUCAGCUAAUAUUGGAACUUGAAUCAUACAUUGAGGAGCUUAAGAAGACAGGAGGUGCCAUCAAAGAGUUUGUUAACCCAAAGUAUAAGGAUGCUACAAAAACUUCAUUUAAGUCUUCUACUAGAUUGGAGUGUAUGAUGCAAGAUUACCCAAAGACUUUGCCUCCAACUGCAAGGGUUGGGUUUACUGUGAUGGAUAUAUGGCUUGCUUAUGCACCUGUGAAGAACAAUCCUGAAGAUGCCGCAAAGGUUCCAAGGGGUAAUCCAUAUCAUAGUGCAACUUCUGGUGAAAUGGCAAUCUACAGAGCACACAGCCUUAUAUUAAAAAAGGCGGGUGUUCAAAUUGGUGACCCAAUUAUGCAUGUGUUUAACGGACAAGAAGUGGAGGUGUGGCCUCGCAUUGUGUGGAAGCCAAAAUGGGCACUGACAUUUUCAGACGUAAAAAGAAAAAUUGGAGGAAACUGCUCCGUGUCACAAAAGUCUACCAUGGUUCUCAAGGGCCGAAAUAUUCUCGUUGAGGGUCUUUCCUUGGAUGGAGCACUUGUUGUUGACUCAAUUGACAAUGCAGAGGUGAAAGUGGAAGGUUCCACGCAAAACACGGGUUGGAUCCUUGAAAAUGUUGAUUAUAAGGACUCUUCAUAUCCUGAAGAAAUAAGGAUAAGAGGGUUUAGAAUAAAUAAAGUGGAACAACUUGAAGGAAAUUUCCGUGAACCUGGAAGACAUUGCUUGAAACCUUGAUGUCAAGAGUUGGCAUAAGGGUAAAUUCCUUUGACGGUAUGAUGAGAAAUUGAUGUUAUGCGGGUGAAGUUGUGUAGCGGUCUUUAAUUGUACAUUUUUAUUCAUUGAUUGUAUCCCGCGCUAUCGAAAGGGCGUUUUAAUAUUACUCUUGUAGAUACGAUUAAAGCUCGUAGAUACGAUUAAAGCUCGUGGUUAAUUCUGUACAUGCAUAAUAUUGCAUAGUAAUCUUUGUUUAAUUAAGCAAUUGUGUACAAAUUUGGAAAUUGUUUGUCGAUUUCAUGGAGGUAAUCUACAACCAUGUUUUUGUGA